ACAAGAAGGAGAAGGUGGAGAAUACCAGCGUCAUGGUUUUAAUGUGACUUUUUCUCUGUGUGUUUCAGAUGGGAAGUGGAGCGGCCUGUCCUUCUCCGUGGAGCCGGUGGACACGGUGGUGCGGCGGCGCGGCCCGGCGUGGCUGAACUGCGUGGCCCACGGGACGCCGGAGCCCUCCCUCACCUGGCACCGCGACAACUCACCCGUCGACACCACCAGCGACUCGCGGAGGUACAUGAUGCCCAACGGGACGCUGCACUUCACCUGGGUCAACGGGCCGCGCUCGGAGCAGACUGACGAGGGCAUCUACCAGUGCCGUGCCUCCUCCCCGGGCGUGGGCACCAUCAUCUCCACCCGCGCCAGGCUAAGCAUUGUCGGCGGCUGGGAAGAGGAUGCCCUGCCAAAGUUUGAUGAGCAGCCUCAGGACAUGACGGUCUUCGAGGGGGAGCGCGCCAGGUUCCCGUGUGCCCUGGACACCACGCCGGCGCCCUCCAUCAAGUGGUUCAGGAACAGUCACCCGCUGGAGCCGGACUCACGGAUGACACGCCUUCCAUCUGGUGCCUUAGAAAUAGAGAAUGUAGCCGCAACCGAUGCCGGGGAGUACUACUGCCAGGCCAACAGCCUUGACAAGAGCAAAGUGUCCCAGCAAGCCACACUCCAGGUCAAGGAAGCCUAUGCCCUGCGGGACCCCCAGCGGCCCGUGUUCAUUGCUCAGCCAAAGUCCACGAUAGGCAAGGUGGGGGACAAGAUCACCCUGGACUGUGCGGCCAACGGCUACCCGGAGCCAACCGUGGUGUGGCUCAAGGACGGCGCCACCAUCGACAUGGCGGACCUGGACACACGCUUCCUGUUCUACGGCACCACCAGGAGCCUGCAGAUCAACGACCUGAAGGAGGAGGACGAGGGGACGUACAUGUGCCGGGCAGAGAACAGGGAGGACUCGGUGGACGCCGUGGCCCACAUACAGGUGCAAGUUGCUCCGAGGUUUCUGAGGCAGCCGGCCAACGCUCUCGCCUAUGAGAAGGAGGACGUGGAGCUGGAGUGCAGCGUGUACGGCCAGCCAGAGCCAUCAGUCCACUGGCUCAAGAACGGCGAGCUGCUGGUGGAGACGGAAUACUUUCAGAUUGUGAGCGGCAACAACCUGAAGAUCCUUGGCCUGGUGCGGGAGGACUCCGGGAUGUACCAGUGUGUGGCGCACAACUCCGCCGGGGACGCCCAGGCCGCCGCCCAGCUGCGUGUCCUUGAGUCAAGAAGGAGCAGCAUGCCCUCCGCCCCAACCCCUGCCACCACCCACGCACAAGAGGAACAAGACCCUGGCGGCGGGCACCCCCAGGCCCCCUCGGCGCCCCGGCUGCUGCAGGCCAUCUUCACCAGCAACAGGUUCAUCACGCUGGCCUGGCACGAGCCGGAGCUCAACAACGACCACAUUGUGGGAUACUCAGUUUUCUACAAGCAGGAAGGAUCACUCAGAGAACGGGUCCAGAACGUGAGUGCCAGCUCCUCCAGCGAGGGACUGGACGAAUACAAGACCCAGAUCAGCGACCUCAGUCCCGGGAGUAACUACAUGGUGCGGGUGGUGGCCCACACCUCCGGCGGCCUGGUGGGCGCCUCCACUCACGAGGUGCGCGUGUUCACCAAGCCGGACCUGGACCUGCCCUCCGCCCCAGAGAGUCUGAAGGUUGUCCCCACCUCACCUACUAGUCUGGAGGUCACUUGGUUGCCGCCCAGAGUGGCCAAAACACCCAUCACGGGAUACACCAUGUUCUAUAUGCAGGUUGGGUCAGCAGAAGAACACGAGGUAGAGGUCACUGGUACGUCAUAUGACCUCCAAGGUCUUGACCAGUUCACUGAGUACAGCGUGUGGCUCACUGCUGUCAACAGUAAUGGUGGGGGUGACGCCACCCCGGAGGUCACUGCCAGAACCUUCUCAGAUGUACCCUCAAAGGAGCCUCAGAAUGUGACCGUUGAGGCUGCCAGCUCAAUGAGCCUCAUCAUCCGCUGGGAGCCUCCGCCGGCCGAGCACCAGAACGGGAUCAUCACCGGCUACAAGAUCCGCUACAAGGAGCGCGGCAAGUCAGGUUCCUCCAAGACCAAAACCACAGACGGAAACAGACGACUCUUUGCCCUCACAGACCUCAAGAAAAGCACCACAUACUCCAUAAAGCUUGCAGCCCUCACGGUCAACGGCACAGGUCCGUACACUCAGUCCACCCUGGCAGAGACCUUCGCCAAUGACCUCGAUGAAAACAGGGUCCCAGACAAGCCAGUUGGUCUAAAAGCCGUGGCGUUGACUGACCACAUCCGAGUGCGCUGGCAGCCUCCCGCGCAGCACAAUGUGAUGCUGCGUGGCUACACCAUAGGCUGGGGCCGAGGCGUGCCGGACAUCUACUCCAAGAUCGUGGACAGCAAGCAGCGCAGUUACAUCAUUGAUAAGCUGGAACCCAACACGGAGUUUGUGAUCAGCCUGCGGGCCUUCAACAACGUGGGUGACGGGCAGCCGGUGUACGAGCAGGUCCGCACCCGGCCAGAGGAGGAGGAGGUGGCGCCCACGCUGGACCCGCCGGUGGGGGUGAAGGCCGUGGUGCUGACGCCCUUCACUGUGGCGCUGCAGUGGACGGACACCACGCUGAACAGAAACCAGUACAUCAGCGACACAAGGUACUACACCGUGCGCUACACCACCUUCUCCUCGGCCUCGUCCUCCAGUCCGCGCUACCGCUACGUCAACGCCACGGACGUGACCUGCCUCAUCGACAACCUCAAGCCAUCAACAGUGUAUGAGUUUGCCGUGAAGACCAUCAAGGGUCGCCGUGAGUCCCCCUGGAGCCUGGUGGCCUCCAACACCACGCUGGUGGCCCGGCCGUCCUCGCCGCCCCGGGACGUGACGGUGGUCACCAUCCCUGACGAGCCGUCCACCAUCAUCUUCAACUGGCAGCCGCCCAAGCAGAACAACGGGAAGAUCACAGGCUACGUGAUAUUCUACACCACGGACCAAACUGUCAAUGACUGGGUGAUGGAGAAAGUGAUGGGGGACAGGCUCACCUUCACUGUCCAUGGAUUGACGCCUUCAACGAAAUAUUUUUAUAAGAUGCACGCUCGCAACGUCAAAGGUUUUGGUCCAUUCUCCUCCGUGGGAAACUUCACGACUCUUCCAGCUGUUGGCAAGAGCAUCGGUGAGCCCCCUGGCUGGUUUGUGGACCGAGGGAGCCUGAUUGUGCUGGUGAUCGCCGGCGUGGUAGGAGCCGUGACCUUGCUGGGGGCCUUCGUGGCCACCACGCUGUACUGCCGCAGGGCCAAGGCGGAGCCCAGGCCAAGCAUUGU